CCCGCCGUCGUUGCCACAGCUCUUCAUCGUUAAAUUAUCAUUGAUAUACUAUUAUCAUUAUUUAAAAAAAAAAUUAAAAUAAUAAUAAUAUACCUAAUAAAGUCAGUGUUAUUACAAUUAAUUAUUAAAUUAAAAUACCGUAAUUAAUUAAUUUAAAAAACUAAAUAAAUACGCGUGUGUGAAAAGUGAAUUAUUAUUAUUAUUUUUUUUUCUUUUUUUUUUUUUAAAUUAAGUGUACAUAUACUAACCCUAAGUUGGUUAUUAAUGUGUGACCUCACUCUGACAUAUCAAUACACCAAAAAAUAUAAAUUAAAUAAAUUGUGACUUAAUAUUAUUUAUAACAAUUAAUAUUAUUAUGUAAUUUACAUAAUUAAAAUGUUAUAAAUGAAAAAAAAGAAAAAUAAAGGAUAAAAAUUAUAGUUAAUUUUUUUUUUUUAUUUUAAAUUUUUUUUUCUAUUUUGAAAAAAAAAAAAAAAAAAAUAUAUAUAUGUUCAUGUAUUUCAAGUGUUGAGUGGAUAUUUCUUUUGUCGUCGACCGGUGCCCCUGUGUAUAUGUGUAUAAAAAAUUUUUUAAAAGUGGGGUAAAUAAGAGUAUUGUGGUCCUUGGACCUCGUGUUAAAUCGCCAGAGGAGGAUGCUCAACAGUUGCAACUGGCGAGAAGAAUUGGAGGUCGGAAUAAUAAAUAAUAUAUUUGUUAAAAAUUUUGAUAUUAAUGAGAGAAGAACGAGUACAAAAUUAUCGCAUCCCGUUCCCGAAAGUCGGGUACUGAGGUAUGCAACAAGCUCGUGUUACCAUCAUUUUGUCACCAUCAUCAAAUCAUCGGACACUGAUCUUCAACCUCCUCUCGUCUGUAUGGACUAGCAGGGUAAGGUGGCAAAAAUGCUGACCUCACAUCCCGAAAUGCAUGAAAAACGUGAUGGAAUUGGCAGAAGCCAAUAUGGAAGUGUUGUUGAUAGUAAUGACAGUGGUGGCUGUGCCAGCAUGGAUGACAAAACUGAUCAACAACCUUCAACAAUUCAACGUAAUACAUGUGAUCCAUCAAUUAGUGCUAAAAAACUUCCAAAGAAAAGAAAAUUUGAUCCAUCUGAACUUGAAGAGAUGGACAAAACUAGUAAUGUUGUUAUAAAUGUUGGACAAAAUAAUACAAUUGUACAUCAUACAUUACCAAUUGUAUCAAUAAAUCAAUCACAACAACAUUCUCCUCAUUAUCAUCAUUCAGUAAAUCAUCAUUCCCAUCAACCACCACAGCAACAGCAACAACUUCAUCAUCAUUAUCAUCAUUUGCAUCAUCAACCAGCUCAACAACAACAACAACCAAUGCAUAUACAAGAACAGGAAGAAGAACAAAUAGAAAAACAUGAACCUCAACAACCUCCACCACCAUCACAACAACAAAAACAAACAUUGGCCGAUUGUUAUGAAUCACCACAUGAUCAUAACAUCGGUCAUUUACCUCCUCAAAGUUCAGCUGUGAAUUAUUCAUUACGUGAUGAAUUACCAAGAUCAAAUAAUUCACAUAUAUUAACAACAAAUGAUACAUCAAUGUCAAUUGAUUUAAGUGAAUGGCGUGAUCAUCGUGUAUUAGCUUUACGUGAAUCACGUUAUUAUCCUGGUGUUAUUAGAAGUGCUUCAAAUGGUGAAAUAUGUAUUGAAUUUGAUGGUGAUAAUCAAUUAGUGAGAUAUACUGAUGUACUUGGUGCUGGUAAAUAUGAUAUUAUUGGUGAUUCAAGUCCAUCAGUUGGACAAGUAUCAUUAGAUGCUAAAGUUUGUGUUAAAUGUCCAACAACAAUUGGACAUCAUGACUCUAUGAAAAAUGUAUUUAUACAGGGAAUUGUGUGCAAAAUAUUAACAAAACCAAGUCGUUUUGUUGUUAAUAUUAUACGUGAUGAUAAAAGUGAAAAUUGUACAAUUAAAAGAGCUGAUUUACGGCUCAUUCAACCACCAUGGUUUGAUGAAUUAGAAGAAGGAUUAGAAGAUGAACAAAUGCGAGUUGAUUAUGUUGGUGAUCAUAGCGAAUAUAGAAAUUCAUUGGUUGAAGCUUCACCAUCAGGACAAAUUAUUCAACAUCAUCAAACACCACAUAUGUCAUCGCACAAUGACUCAACCGAGUAUUACAGUACAGCUGAUACAAGUCCUUUGGUAGGAAUGAAUAAUCCAGUACAUCCUACAUCCACUGCAAUGAGCAAUGGUAGUCGUCCUUAUGAUGAUCUUGAAAGUGAAGAUGAUCUUGACAGAGAAGAUAUAACAUUCCCCUCUGAUGCAGGAAGCAGUAAAAGAAGUAGUAUGCAAAGUCGAGGAAGUACAAGCAGUUUAGUUGAACAACGUAGUAUAACUCCACGUUCUCAAGCUGCAACACCCAGAUCUCAGGCAGCAACGCCACAUAAAUAUAAAAAAGGUGAUGUAGUAGCAACACCAAAUGGCAUUAGAAAAAAAUUUAAUGGUAAACAAUGGCGUCGUUUAUGUAGUAAAGAAGGUUGCUCAAAAGAAAGUCAAAGACGUGGUUAUUGUUCACGUCAUUUGAGUCUUAAAGGUACUGGUUUACGUGGACCAACUGGUACAUUUAGUAAUGUUGGUGGUGAAGAAACAUCAAGAGAUUCUGAUACAUCACCAAAUUAUGGUGAUCGUCGUAUGACAGGACGUUUUGAUCAAGAAGAAACUGAAGCAGCAAAUAUGCUAGUAUCAUUAGGUAGUUCACGUUCAGCUACACCAGCAUUUUCAUCACCAACAGCUCAUUCUUCCAUAUCACCAUGUAUUAAUCAAUCACCAGUACCACCACUUGGUUUAAAUCAAAAUAAUGUAUUUAUGCCAAUAUCAAGUCCUGCACAUCAUGCCUCAGCUUCUCUCAUAUCACCUGGUCCAAAAUGGAAACAUUCACCAACUCAACCAAUUUUUACAAUACAAUAUCAACAACAAGUUAUUAAACCAGAACCAAAUAGAAUGGUGAGAACAAAUAGACCAACAAAUCAACAGCAACAACAACAACAACAACAAUCAGUUGGAUCUGUACCAGCAAGUAUUGGUACAAGUGUCAUUAGAAUAUCACCAAUUGGUCGUGGAAUUUCAGCACUUGCAUGGUCUGAUCAAAGUCCACCAUCAGUAGUUAGACAUCCAUCAGUUGUUACAUCAAUGGCACAACAAAGAGAACAACAACGUGAACAACAACCAGGGAUAAUAUUACAACAUGCACUUACAACAAAUCAUCAAGUAGUUGAUGAUAAAACUUCACAACAUAUAAAACCUUCAAAUUCACCUCAUAUACCUGUAUCAAAUCAACCACCACAAAAUUUAAGUUUUAAAACACAAGAAUUACCGGUCGACUAUGCACAACAAAAUCAAGUACAAAGCCAACCAAUUUAUAUUAUGCAUACUCAACCAUUGCAAAAAUUACAAAGUAUCACAAUUCAACAACAACAACAACAACAACAGCAACAACAACAACAGCAACAACAAACACAACCAGUUCAACAAAUUGAUAAAAAAUAUUUUGUAAUAAAAAAUGGUACUGAUAUGCCACCAACUUUACAUAUAACAAGUGGUCAUGAUGAUAAAUUAUAUAGGACAAAUACAAUGAAUCAUCUUGGAUCGAUUCAGCAAUUACAACAAGCACCUCAAUGUCAGCCACCUCCACCACCACCUCCUCCUCCACCACCGCCACCACCUCCUCCACCAGCACAACAGCAACAACAACAACAACAACAGCAACAACAACAGCAUCAACAACAAAAUCAACAGCAACAGCAGCCACAACAGCAACAGCAACAUCAACAACAAAAUCAACAGCAACAUCAACAACAAAAUCAACAGCAACAACAACAGCAACAAUCAACAGAAUCCACUGCUCAUACCGAUAAAUUAUCAAUUUUACCACAAACAAAUAAAAUUGGUAUUCAUUCAUCAGGAAUUCAUGUUGAUUUAGGAAGAAAUUUACAAACAAUUUCAACUAGUAUUGUUAUGCCAUCAUCUACAACAAUUACAAAUGUAACAGCUCCAACAAGUGUCUUUCAGCAUGUUAUAGUACAACCCAGUCAUCUUGUUAAAGUCACUGAGGCUCCAUCAUUUCGUGAUGAUAUUACUAAAAGCAAUGGAGUUGUUUAUGGCAAUUCUGAAAUUUCAACUGUUUAUCAACCUCAUCCUCCACCAUUGCUCAACAAUUCAGCACGUAAUUGGAAAAAAGCUUAUUCCUACCAGACAACAGUAAUGGACCAGAUGGAGGUAAGUCCUCCACCAUCUGCAUUGAGUCCACCAUUGAGUGCUCCACCGAUACCAUUGAGUAUCCCAAAUUCAGUAACUGAACAACCUAGACAAAUAACAACAACAAAUGAACCUGGCCCAGGAUCAGAUCCAAUAACACCUGCUGAAGAAGAUGAUGAUGAUGUUUUUGAGCCUGAACCAAUAUUACCAAUCGAACAUGAGGCCAGUUCAAGUAAACGAAGAAGUCAAUCACUCAGUGCAUUACACUCAAAAGAUCCUCAAAGUCCACUCAAGACCAAGGAUCGUAUACGUCGACCAAUGAAUGCGUUUAUGAUAUUUUCAAAACGUCAUCGUGCUGUUGUACAUCAACGUCAUCCAAAUCAGGACAAUCGUACUGUAUCAAAAAUACUUGGUGAAUGGUGGUAUGCAUUGAAGCCUGAAGAAAAACAAAAAUAUCAUGAUCUUGCUGCAGAAGUUAAAGAAGCACAUUUUAGAGCACAUCCAGACUGGAAAUGGUGCAGUAAAGAUAGAAGAAAAUCAUCAAAUACAAGUUGUAAAGGUAAUGAACCACGUGGAAAACUAAAUAGUACAGGAGAAGAGACAGAUAUGGGACCACCAAGUGAUGAUAUACCUUUAACACCUCGUGCUUCUGAUGAAAUAUAUGUACCUGUAGCUGCAGUUUAUAAUAAUGAUACAUCAAGUAUUGCUGAUAGUACUAAUCAACAUAUAACAGCACAAACAACAACAACGACGACGACAGCAACAACAACGACAACAACGACGACGACGUCAACAGCAACGACAACAACAACAACAACAACAACAGCAUCAUCAACAACAUCAUCAUCAUCAUCAACAGCAACAUCAACAACAACAUUACAAGCAAUGGAUACAACAACUUCUGAUUUGUCUAUUAAACAAGAAGAUGACACAACUGCCUCGGAUGAUGAACAACAAAUGGUUAUUUGUGAAGAUACUCAACAAGAUAACGAAUCUAUAGAAAAAGAAAGUGUUAAAAUGACAGAGAUACAAGAGACUGAUAAACACGAUGAUGAUAAAGAAGAAAAAACUUUUGGACAAUGUCGAGAUAGAUAUUCACCAGUAAGUGGACAUAAUAUAAAAAUUGAUAUAACUUGUCGUCCAAAACCAAUUAAAGCAUUAAUUCCAACAAGUACAAUUGAAACAACAACAAAAUAUCAUCAUGUGUCAAUGGAUAAAGGUGGUGGUACUGUUUCUGUAUUAUCAACUUAUCCUUAUCAUAGUCCAGUUAAUCCAACUGGCGUAUCUGGUUUUCAGCCAAAAGGUGGUGCAUUUAUUACCAUGCCAGUUUCACCAAAAAUUGUCAAACCUGAACCUAUAAAAAUUGAUCAAAAACAACAGCAGCAACAACAGCAACAACAACAACAACAACAACAACAUCAUCAGCAACAACAACAGCAGCAACAACAACAAUACAAUACACAAUAUAAUGUUAAUAAUUUAGUGACUAAUGAAAAUGGUAGAAAUAUAUCAAAAUUUACAACAGCAUCGGUGCUACAUUCAAUUGGUACAAAACCGAUGAUGGCUGUAUUAAAACAACAACCAUUACCAUCACCAACAUCUACAUAUAGAACAACAGCAACAUCAGAUGGUCACUAUCAAGCUUCACCAAUAACUUUGACAUUACUUGAUAAUGAUUUAGUUGCUGUUUCAAAGCAUCAUCAACAACAGCAACAACAGCAACAGCAACAGCAACAACAACAACAAGGUAAUCAAUAUAUUUGUUCAACAACACAACAUCAAAGAAUGUUUAUACCAAAUUUUCAAAUACCAAUAUGUGAAAGUGGUAAUCGUAAUGUUACAACAAUGCAAAAUUUUAUAUCAAAUAAUAAACCUGAUACUCCAAGUGUUAUUGUUGCAAAAACAUAUUCAGUAUCAAAUUCAAAUCCAAGUACACCAAGUUAUCGGGGUCAUUCAAUUGGUCAUUCAAUUGCUAGAAUUGCUGAAUUAGAAAAAAAUAAUGAUAAUACAGCUGUUUCAAAUCAUGUACAAUUUUAUAACAACAACAACAAUAAUAAUAACAACAACAAUAGUAGCAAUAAUAAUAAUAACAACAAUGUUAAAUCAGAUCAAUCAAGAAAUAAUAUUGAUAAUGGUAAUAGUAUUCUUUUAUCAAUAUCAAAUAAUAAUGAUAAACAACAUAAACCACCAUUAACACCACGCACACCACAGACACCUCAUCGAAAUGAUCAAAAUAGCAUGGAACAUUCAACAAAUUAUUCAAAUGAGGAUACAACAACAGUCAGGGCAAGUGAUAUUAAUCAAACAAAAGGACCAUUUAUGCUUGCACCAACACCUGCACAACUUGGUCGUGCACCAUUACAAAGAAGACAAUCACAAGCAAUAACUCCAACGUCAAAUGUGGCUGAUCAUGCAACGAAUCAACAUUUUGACAAUCAUGGACAAAAUAAUACGUCAAAUGUCGAACAACGUCAACAGGUACAACAACAAAAUCAAUCACAACAUCAUCAGCAACAGCAACAACAACAACAACAACAACAACAACAACAACAACAACAACAACAAAAACAACAAAAUAAUGAAAAUAUGACUUUACAAUCACCAUUAACGAAAAAAGGUUCUUUUUUCAAGAAAAAUGUUGAAGAUGGAAUGGACAGAGUUCUUGAACAAGUUAAUUUUCAAGAAAAAUUUUCAUCGUUACCUGAAUUUAAACCUGACGAUAUCCAAAGUCCAAGUGCAAUAAGUAUAAAUACACCAGCUGGUCCUUCUACACAUACACCAAGCUCUGUUGGUUUGCAUACGUCAAAUGUAACAUCAAGCCUUCAAAGUUAUAGAAAAAAAACAGGACAAAGUUCUCAUAGAUCUACACUUAAUGAAGAAGACAAUGAGACUGAUGUAUCUGCAACACCAAAAUCAGCAACAAGUGUUAAAUUAACUGGAAAUACAUUUUUUGGACCAGAUUUUAAUGUUGAUGCAUUUAGAUUGAAUGCUGAUAUUGGUAAUGAGGCGGAAGCAAAUUCACCAAGAACACCAAAAACUCCAAGUGGUGGUAAUAAUAGUAAUUGUGGUGGUACAAGUGGUGGUGGUGGUGGUAAUGGUGUUAAUUCAUCAAGAACUGAACAUGAACGUGGACCACGUAAAGUUCUUGAACAACGUAGACAACUUGUUAUGAUGUUAUUUCAAGAACACGGUUAUUUUCCAACAACUCAAGCAACUUCAUUCUUCCAAACAAAGCACUCUGAUAUAUUUCCACAUAAAACAAGUCUUCAACUUAAAAUACGUGAAGUUAGACAAAAAUUGAUGGCAAAUCCAACUCCAAUGAGUGCAAGUAAUUUAGUUAGUCCUUUACCAGCCGCUGAGCCAUCACCCAGCGUCACUGGACCCUUGACUGCUCCUCCAACGUCUAUGGGAGCUCCACCUUCACUGCCUGUUAGCAGUAGUGGUAGCUAGCACCCAUGUGCCAACUGUGAUACUCUGAAUUCUCUAACUCCACAACGCGAGUACAUUAUAAUUCUUUAAUAAAAGUUUGAUAAUAUAAAGAAAAAAAAAAAAAACAGAUCAGUAAUAGUUACAGUAAUAAUAAUUUAAAGGAAAAAAAAAAUCUAAUGAAAGAAGAGUCAUUAGUAAAAAAUCAGAUUUGUUUCUUUUUUUUUUCUUUUUUAAUUUUUAUUUACUGGAUUAUCAGAAAUACCAGUCAAACACCAAGACAUUGACUGGUGUUUUUUUAAAUAUAAACUAGGUGGUAAUAAUGCCUAUCCCAAACUAUUACUGAUCUUUUUAUUUAUUUAUUUUUUUUUGUUUUUUUUUUUUUUUUACACUACCGUAUUUUUUAAAUAUUAUUAUUUUAUUUUAUAUUUUAGAAAUCGGGUUAUUUGUGAUAUUUGAUGAUCGCAUUUUUGUUUUUUUUUUUUUUUUUUUUUAAUAAAAAAAAUAUACGGUCUAGCUGAUACCCGUAGACUAACUUGUCUUGUUUUAAAAAUGGGCCUAUAUUUGUUAAGUAUUGCUGACAUAGAAUGUGCAAAUAUGUAAUAAAAUAAAUAAUAAAUUUCGUAAAUAGAAAAGAAAAAAAAAAAAAAUAUGGUAGAUUAGAGAAACUAGAAAAAGAAAAAAAAAAAAAAAAAAAUUAUUAAAAAAUCAGAGUUUAUAUACUUUAGUUAUACUAUAUAGAAAUAUGUAUACUGUAAUGUUUAUCAAACAGGCAAUCUCCGAAAUUAUUGUUUUAAUUUACAUUACGUUGACAAUUUACAACAUGCAUAGUGUUACUAUUAUUAUCAUUACAAUUAUUAUGAUUAUUAUUAUUAUUGUUCAUGAAUAGAAAAAAGAAAAAAAAAAAACAAACAAACAAUCAAGUUGAUUUCGCAACUGACCACGUCAAAUUUCAUAAUCAAUUUUAUUUCCAUGAUGUGGCUAAAAGAAGAAGAGACCGUAGUCUCAAUUUGGUUUUUUUUUUUUUUUUUUUUUCUCCUCUCAAUAUUAAAGUUUAAGAAAAAGUAAUGAAGAAAAAAAAAAUACAAUGUAUAAAGAAUAAUGUGAAAUAUGUAAAAUAUUUCAAAAAGUACUUAUCGACUGUUUUUUAAACCUCGCCAAGGUUUAAUACGUUUUAAAGUUUUUUUUUUUUUUUCGUUUUUUUUUUUUUUUUUUGGCUCUCUGAAUAUUUUUUAAAUUUAUAUAUUUAUUUCUCUCGAUGAGAAAUAUUAUUUUAUUAUUUGUAUCAAUUUGCAUGAUAUAUACAAAAUGUUUUUCAUUAACAUUAUUUUUAAUUAACGUAUUAGAUCCAUUAAUGGUAUUAAAUUACUUAUCAAUAAUGAUAAUAAUAAUUUGUCAUUAUUUUAAAUAAUUAUUGCAAUGUUAAUUAUAUUUUUAAUUUUUAAUUCAAUUCAAGAAUUGCAAUAAUACUGUCAAUCAUUAGACACUAGCUUUUUUUUUUUUUUUUUUAAUUGAUAAAUUGUAUAUUUUUGAGCCUCUUUAAUUAUUUUUACAUGAAUUAUUAGAUAGAUAAUUAUAUUGUCAAAAAAUAAAUUAAAUCUUGGCGUGGAUUUGUUGAAUUUGGCUGUAAUAUAGAUUUAUUAAAUUAGUCGACAUAAAAAUUUAUGAGACAUCUUAUACGAUUUAAUGAAGCUCGAAUGUUUUUUUUUUUCUUUUUCUUUACUUUUUAAUUAAGUUAAAGAAUAAAGAAAAAAGAAAAAAAUAAUAAUAAUGAAAUGACCUUUUCAUUAAUGUGUAAAUAAAAAAAUAAAAAAAAAAUAAAUGAAGAAAAAACGAAUAAAGAAAAUAUUAAAUGAAAUAAUGAGCCUAGGUUAUUUAAUAAUAUUUACAAUAUGUUUAUGACAUUGCAAUUCAUACGAUAAUAAUAGUAAUAAUAAUUAUAAUAUUAAUAUGAUAAA